CAUUUAUUUCAUUGAUGUUUUAAAGCAUUGAAUAUUAGUAUUAUGACAAUAUCAACAUGAGUUGGAGUUGAAAUAGAUGGUUUUAAAGCUAAUGCUCCUAUAUUAUAGGAUUAUUUGCAAGACAGAAAGUUAUAGAUCUACAUGGCAACAUAUCACAGUCAGCUGUCGACAUUAUUUUCAAAAUUUGUUGUUUGGAUAAAAAAUAUCAUGUUUUAAUUAGAUCUACUUAUUAAAAUUAUCAUGAUCCAGGUGUGGCUUGUUAUAAACUAGAUCUAGUACAUAGAAUGGCUCAAAUCAGGGAUGUCUGUUUCGACACUUUCUUGUCAGCUACUCCAACUAUAAAGGAACUAACGGAGCAUAUUGAUGUUGGUACCAACUGAGUACAUAAUUGGCACGAUGCUUGACUUGGAUCAGAAACGAUUGAGAAGUAUUGAAGCACAAACUAGCCACAGUGACACUCACAAGAUGAUAGAGAUGUUCAAUCUAUGGCUGACCACUACUCCUACUGCUAGUAGGAGACAAGUACUGGAAACAUUGAGAAAAAGUGUGGUUAGUGAGCAUACAGUUGCUGAUAAAUAUGAAAAGCAUCUGAAGGUACUACAUGAAACGAAUUAUAGAUCUACAUCACCAUCUUCUGAAGCAGUUUCUAUUCUUCAAAGUAAUGUACAAUCAUUAAAUGAAGCUCUUGUUUCUCCUGUACAAGUGUCUCAACUGUUAUACAGUAAGAGAUGUAUAAGUGAAGCGACUCUGGAUGAAAUGGAAAGGAUAGAUCAGAGCAGGUCACUGGAUGACAAGAAGACCACUCUAUUGACUGCCAUGAAAGAAACAGUGUCUAGUGAUUACUGGAAACUUAAAGAUAUUGCUAUAGUACUGUCUGAUGUUGAAGGAACAAGAGAUAUAGGCAAGGAAAUGGUGGCCAAAUAUAGUAAGACCUGA